CUUCCCUUUAGAGCAUCACGCUCGAAACAAACACGGCCGGCUUCAUUUCAACUGCACCUGAAGGUGCUGUCUCCGGCCGGUAGGGUAGGGUAGGGCAGGGCAGGGCAGGGCAGGAUCGGCGAGGGGUCCUGUAUCCUGUCUGCCUGUUCCCCUGCCAAGCAUAUCACAUCACAUCAAUUCAGUCUGCGGACUACAUCCGGUGUCCUGUAUCCUGUAUCCUGUAUCGUGUAUCGUGUAUCGUGCCUUGUCAAGUCGUCCAAUUCUGGCUAAAUCAUCUUUCUCAGUGGCUUGUUCAGGCAUCUCGCCGACUUUGCCCGCCUGCAGUAGCAUUAAGGUUACUUUACAGAUUUGAUAACGAGGCGGGUAAGCAAUACACACACAUACACAUACACACACACACACACAGAGAGAGAUAGAACGUCAACCCACCGCGACAGACAGGACAGCAGCUGCUGCACUCAUUCAAUAGUCUCAAGGAAGAUGCGAUGCAUCCUUUCCGAGAGCGAGCCUCAAUUCGUCAGAUAAUACAAACUUGAUGGAACUCUGCCCCUGGAUCGCUCUGCUUACCUGCCUCUACCCAGGUACCCCAGCAGAUAAGCUUUCGCGGACGCGUCAAGAGUGCUGCAGAAAAAUAUUGGUGGCUUGGAGCUUGCACGUUUCUUUGCGACAGCUCCAGACCAUUCAGGAGCCAGUCAACUUUAGCUGUUCCCGUUGGCGCUGCUCCUGUGGUGCUAACGAAAGCUUCAACUUUUCCUGCCGAUUUGCCGUGCACAUUCUGGGGAAGACAUCGACUGAUCUGGAACAGGGCUUGUGGGAAGCCAUGUUGUUGGGAACCCUCCGGGCUUGGUGAUAUCGGCGCGCUGUCGACAAAAUGGGGCUCGUAUCAUCCUAUACGAAGAUAUCCUAGGUAAAGUGCUGGUUAGCCCGAGAUCCUGCAGAACCCCCCUGUCAAAGUAAGCAUAGGUACGGUACCGACUAUCGAUGGACCCUUAUACAUGUGCACUGCAGUGUAUAUGUUAUAUGACCUCGCUGCUCUCUCCUCGCUGCUCUCCCCUCGCUGCUCUCUCCUCGCUUUUGCUUUGCUGUGUUGCCUCUCCCCAUCUGUCGUUACCCGUUCUCACUCCUUUAUGAACGUUGCAAAUUCAAAUGAACAGCUCUAAUACCUCAUAAUAUGAUAUCUUACUCGGCUGAUACCAGUUGCAAGUGCACAAUGGUUGCAAAAAUGAGUUCUGCUCUCAGCGUACUGUUGUGGAUUUCUUCCUUCGCUAAGUCUGAAGCCGCGAUUAUUGUAAAGCGUGAUCUUGUGUUACCCUCAACUCUCCCAGGAACUUGGAGAUCUGAGGGAUGCUACAUCGACGUCGGCCGAACUCUCACAGGGGGUGGGUAUACGAACAAUACCGCAAUGACUGAUGAGUCUUGCAUUACAUAUUGUGAGAAGGCUGGCUACAUCUAUGCUGGUACUGAAUAUGCCGAGGAGUGCUAUUGUGGCAACAAACUAGCUGCAGGGUCUGGUCCAGCACCCACUACCGACUGCAAUGUAGCCUGCUCCGGAAAUGCAACUGAACCUUGUGGAGGCGGAAACCGCCUGAAUCUCUUCUGGAACGGCCAAACUGGACCAACAACAAACCCAGGCCCAGGACUCUGGGCAUUCUCAGGUUGCUAUACCGAAGGAACAACAGGGCGAACUCUUGACCACGGACUUGCAGUUGUUGGUGGCUCAAACAAUAUGUCCGUGAGUAACUGCGUGGCGGCUUGCCAAACGGCAGGAUACAGUCUUGCUGGAGUGGAAUACUCUGGAGAAUGCUACUGCGAUAAUGCUAUCUCCAAUGGCGGCUCACUUGCUCCAGAGGGAAUAUCUGGCUGUUCUAUGCUUUGCAACGGCAACUUUUCCGAGUACUGCGGAGGACCGUCAAGACUGGAUGUCUAUGACUUCAACAAGACUGUCACUCUCCUACCUUGGAAUACGACGAGCAUUGUUUCCUCCACGAGCUCAAUUGUGUCAACUUCCAGUACUCACUUGGCAGUGACAGCAACAUCUAUUGGUUCUUCAUCUCUUGCUUCUACUAUUGUCUCGACGGCGUCGUCAAAAAGCUCCACUCUGUCAACGAGCGCCAAAUCAUCAUCGGUCAUGUCAUCCAAGAUUUCCACUUCUACAAAGGUGUCGACAGUUUCAUCUACGGCACACUCAACGAGUUCUACGAAAUCAUCAUCAGGCUCCAGCUCCAAACAAUCAAGCCUAAGCUCGACGAAAUCUUCGUCGAUUUCCAGCUUAAAAAGCUCCAAGGCAUCAACUUCAGUACUGACUAGUUCCAAUUCCAAAAUUUCUUCAUCGUCAUUGGAAACAGCAGGAAGCUCGAGUUUGUCUAGCUCCGUGUCUCUCAGCAGUAGCCGAAUUCAGGUAGCUUCUUCAUCAUCCUCGACAGUCUCAAGCUCUGCUACUGCUUCCCCAACUCUUCAGAACAAGCCUACAGUAGGCUCGUACAACUACUAUCAAUGCCGUACCGAAGGGACUGGCGUGAGAGCUCUCUCAGGUGCCGCAUCCGCAAAUGAUCUCAUGACGAUUGAGAUGUGCGCGGCAUCAUGUGCUGGGUUUACUUAUUUCGGAACAGAGUACGGACGAGAAUGUUACUGUGGAAAUUCAUUUGGAACGGGAUCAGCCGUAGCGCCAAGUACGGACUGCUCGUUUACCUGCGGUGGAAAUGCUUACGAGUACUGUGGAGCUGGAAACCGACUCACAGUUUAUGUCUUGAACGGAACAACUCUUCCUUCCACAUCUUCUGUCUCGUCAUCUUCAACCAAAGUACCGACAGGUGUUUCGUCGACAGUCUCUGUAUCAAGCUCAAGCACCUCACCAGCUUCUACGGGCUUCCCAGCCGGAUGGACGGCACAAGGAUGUUGGGUCGAUGGUUUGAACGGCCGCAUAUUGACGAAGCAACAACCCGACAAUGCACAAAAUACUCUAGAAUCCUGCGUUCAGACCUGUGCUAGUCUCGGCUACACCAUUGCAGGCGCCGAAUACGGAACUGAAUGCUACUGCGACAAUUUUGUUUACAAUGGUGGAGCUCUGGCUGCUGCUCAGACAGACUGCAACAUUCCAUGCCCAGGUAAGUCUUCUGAGAUGUGCGGAGCUGGUGGAAGAUUAUCUAUGUAUUCCAAAGGAACUCCGACAGUUUAUGCCGCGCCUGCUCCUCAGAAAGUGGGAUUGCCGACAGGAUGGGGCUAUGCAGGAUGCAUCCAAGAUAAUGUUCCAUCAGCUGAAGAUCCCAAUGAACAGCUUUACACAUUCCCAUACAAAGUCUGGGAUGAUGCGUCCGGGAAUACCCCCGAGAAGUGUAUCACCAGAUGCCAAGAAUUUGGCUACAACGCUGCCGGUUUGGAAUAUGGUUCACAAUGCUUCUGUGGAGACGUGGCAAACAUCCAAGUCGCAUCGGCUCCUUCCACAUACACAAAUCCUAACUCGGUCCAAUACUACACCAGAAGCUCAGCGCCGAUCACGUACCCAGACUCCUCCUGUGCCGCUCUCUGCACCGGGAACAGCUCCUACAUUUGUGGCGACGGCUCUAAACUCACAUAUUAUACCUGGCAAGGUGCAACACCUCUCUACAGCUGGGGUAUUCCAACUGGUACCGAUGCAGGACAAUACUCACUUCUCAUUGGUGGUGUUGUCGUCCCUCUCAUCGUCUCCCAAGUAGUGACAGGAAAAGUCACCUUUGUAGAGAAGAAAGGCACUGGCGAACCAAACGGAACUGGAGCCUACGAAUUGGACCUCUCACAAAUAAAUGACUUCUCCAAAGCCUGGAGGGCUAUGAAUGGACUCCAAACUGACGUCUUCUGCGCGGGUGGUCUUACCCUACCUGAUAAAGUUGGUAGGCAAUUGACAGUUGGAGGAUGGGCGGGAGAUGCUAACUACGGAAUUCGUCUGUAUUGGCCUGAUGGAUCGGAUGGAGUGCCAGGUACCCAUGGCUGGGUUGAAGACCCGGGUGUUCUCUCCCUGCAAGUUCCUCGCUGGUAUCCCUCAGCGAUGAUUAUGGCCAACGGCUCCAUCCUCGUCGUCGGCGGCGAAAUCGGUCAAAAUGCCGCUGAGCAACCGAAUCUGGAAAUCCUGCCACCAACAGGAGUGAAGGAUCCAAGCACAACAAGUGGCUACUCAAACACAACUGUGUAUCUUGACUUCCUUGACCGAACCGCACCCUUCAAUCUCUACCCCUUCAUUGUCGUCCUCAAAUCCGGCAUCUUCAUCGCCUACUACAAUGAAGCUCGCAUCCUCGAUGAAGUAAAUUUUGAAACCAUUAAAACACUGCCCAAUAUGCCCGGAGCCGUCAAUGAUCCUACCGGGGGUCGAACCUACCAGCUCGAAGGCGCAAUGGUCAUCCUUCCCCAACACGCACCAUAUACGGACCCAGUGGGCGUGCUGAUCUGCGGUGGCUCAACCUCAGGAGGCGGCUACCCAAUCGACAAUUGCGUUUCCACUCAGCCCGAAGUCGCAAAUCCAACAUGGACAAUCGAACGGAUGCCAUCCCGUCGAGUUCUCCCCUGCAUGGCCGGCCUCCCAGACGGCACCUACGUGAUUCUCAACGGUGCUGAACACGGCGUUGCUGGAUUUGGUCUCGCAGGAUCACCUAACCUGAACGCGGUCAUCUACGAUCCCUCUAAACCAGUCAACCAGCGCAUGUCUAUCAUGGCAAACACGACUGUGGCGCGUUUGUACCACUCCGAAGCUACAGUCCUACUUGAUGGCCGCGUGUUGGUGUCUGGCUCUGAUCCGACCGGGCAGUACGUGUCACCCGCUGACUCCUUUCCCGAGGAAUACCGCGUGGAGGUCUUCUCGCCGCCAUAUCUCCUCUCUGGCCUUCCUCGGCCAACAUUUACGAUAACCAACAAGGACUGGUCAUAUGGACAACAAGUUACCUUCACGGUGUCCUCAGCUGCAAACAUCAAGGUUUCACUCCUGGGAUCUGUGGUCUCGACGCAUGGUAAUGCUAUGGGUCAGCGCACGAUAUUCCCGGCUGUAACGUGUACAGGUACGACGUGUGUUGUUACUGCACCGCCAGAUGCACAUACCAGUCCGCCUGGAUGGUUCAUGAUGUUUGUGCUGAACGGGCCAACGCCUAGUGUUGGACAGUUCGUGAGGAUUGGUGGUGAUCCUGCGGGGUUGGGCAAUUGGCCAAACUUGCCUCCAUUUGAUCUGCCUGGCUUAUAGGUGAGAUGCUUGGAGGCGGUGUUUACAUAUAUAGGCGGAUGGAUUAGCUAUAUCGAGAUAUCGAAGUGGUAAUUUUAAAGGCUUGGAAAGCUAGCCGGUGGUCUUUUGUCUAGAUAGAUAUAAUAUCUGUAUAUACUAAUGAGCUUUCUUUGAUACAGCCGUGUUCGAUCAAGCUCAAAAGAGGGUGUUUAUAAGUUGUUUGGUCGUUCAUGUUCUCCUCUCCACGCUAGAGAACAUGCAAAAGUGAACGAGAUAGAACUAAGCGACGUACCAACAGCUUAGUUACCGCCCCAACUAGGUUCAACAAAGCAAUCGAACUGC